AUGCGUCUCCGCGAUAUCCUCAUAGUAUGUGUUGCCAUAAUUUUCUGCAUUUUUGGCUGGUCUCAGGAGGGCGGUCUCAUAGUUUGGCGGAACUUUAAGAUUCCCGUAACCGACUCUGAGGUCAGUAAAUAUGUUAUGAGUAAACCCGUGGUGCUGGAUUUAAUGGGUGACGGACGACCGGUGUUGCUCGCAAGCACAAAAUAUGGAUCUUUGGAGCUGUUCAAGACACAUUUGGCGAGAGUCAACUCGGAGGACGUGUUUGUUUCUAUCCGUCCCAGUAGUUCACUGAAAACGCUCUUUCGGAUCGUGGCCAUUGCUGCUGGAAAACUCAGUAGAACAAGCAAGGAAAACGCAAUUGUUGUGAUAUCGGACGACUUUAGACUGCGUCGAAUUUCGCCCCACGAUCUUACGGAGGUGUGGGAUGUUCCUUUGAGUGCCUCGUGGAUCGAGACGUAUCAUGCCUCCGUUAGCGUUGUUCCGGAGCGGAUUCACGAGCAAGAUGAGGGCACAGUUCUCGUGGCAAUGCAGGUUGCAGGUCCGAAUGGGACGGAACUGAUGUUGUAUGCUGCCUUUAAUGGUGCCGAUGGCCAGGCGCGAUGGCACUACACAUCGGACGCAGAGAAUUCCAUUGGAGAGGUACUUGGCGAAGAGUGUAAUGAUGGGGUGGAGUGUCUCCCUCCCGACAAUGAUACAUCACUGAGGCGCAAUUCCAUCUUCAAGAGCCAGGGGGUCAAAAAUCAAUUUCGAGCACAAGAAAAGCCAUGGACUUUUUACCGUGAAGCGAUCAUUACGCUUCUUCCGCACCGUUAUUCUCACCCAUGGGAUGAACACAUUCAUCCACAUGUUUUCUUUCAUGCCAAGAACAGAAAGAAGCGUUCCUUCCGGGCGGGAAACAGAGUGGUGGUAAAAUAUAAGGAUCGGCUUAUUCGAAUGAACAAGGAGGACUACGGAGCUCUUGGGGAGAGAUUGGGUGUUAUGAAUAUGCAUGGUAAUGCGGCAACUACUGUUAAUAAAAGCCGUCGUCGGGCUGCGAAUGCGAUGAUCUUUCACAGUAAGAAUGGCAUCGAGGUGAUUCAUCUUUAUACGGGGAGUGUGAUUACGAGAUUGGGACCGCUAAAAUCCUCAGGGGUAUAUUACCACGACAUCAACGACGACUUUCAAGUUGAUGCCAUUGGGACGCAAAUAGGACCACGGAUGGAAAUGCACUCCCGUCAUGGUGUGGACUUGAUUGACGAUUGCCUUGGUGUAAUCCACACGGGGAUUCCUGUAGCGGAGGACCAAUUGUUCAAUGCGACAAUCUGCGACACAGAGGGAUUUUUUGGUCGUCUAGACCUUAUUCACCAUUUUAUUGAUAAUGAUAUACGAGGGGAGGACGCUCCUCACGCACUCAAUACCCUUGAGCUCAUUGGAAGCCGCAGCGUUCUGUCGAAGAAUACCCGAAGUGUUACACCACUCGUAGUGCAGCUGCACACAACGAAGGGCCGGGAUUUGUUCCAGGUAGAACGGCACGCAGUGUUCAUGAUUGACUCUGGAUUGGUUACUUGUGUGGAUCCUUCGCGUCGUCGGGUGAUAUGGCGUUCUCAAACGGCUGCCGGUUUCUACGGUCUUCGUGAAGCAGCUGAGGCAGAUGCAGGUAUGGCAGGAAUGUCUGCAAAGGAACGAAUGCAUCGUGCAGUCUCCUUUCCGCAUUUGGCUGCGUACAGCUUUUACAGAGGCCAAGACGAGUCUGCUAUGAGCGUCAGUGGAUCUGAACGGUAUCUUCGCACGGAUCCAUUUAUUAUAGCAGUAGGGGAGAGGUAUAUGUGUAUUCUGAGCACCAGGACUGGUCGUGUGCUGCGAACGAUAGCGCUGGAACAUCCUCCUGUGGCCCCUGUAAUUGUGCGGGACCUAAAUGGUGAUGGGAUAAAUGACAUUAUUGUUGUGACAAAAAAAGGGAUUUACGGCUUUGUCGUGGGGACGCAGACGUCGUCGGACACAGUCACAGCUCUGAUGAUUCUCAUGGUGGCUCUUCUGGCAGUUCUUUUUGUUGUACGUGAGAUGAGUGUGGCGGAUGAAAGCAAGACAGAAUUUCUUCCCACCAGCGUGCAUGACGCACACCGGGCAGCACACAAGAUGGUGAGGCGCGCCACUGACUGA